UCUUGGUAUAUUAAAUAUAAGAUUAAUACUUCAAGUUGCUGAGUUGAGAAAGAGAUGCUUGAAUCAAAAGAAUUCCUUUUUUGAAGUUCAAUUUUUAUCAGAGGACAAUAUGAAUAUUACACCAUGUUCCAUUAAAACACUCAAGGGGUUAUAUGAUAUAUCGGGUGUAGAAGUAGGGCAACACUUCUAUUGGCAAAUAGGAGGUUUCCAAAUUCAUGCCCAAGUACUCAUCACUUCUUGGGUCGUAAUUACUAUUUUGCUAGGUUCAGUUAUCAUAGCUGUUCGGAAUCCACAAACCAUCCCGACCGAUGGUCAGAAUUUCUUCGAAUAUGUCCUUGAGUUUAUUCGAGACUUGAGCAAAACUCAGAUUGGAGAAGAAUAUGGUCCCUGGGUUCCCUUUAUUGGAACUAUGUUCCUUUUUAUUUUUGUUUCGAAUUGGUCAGGUGCUCUUUUACCUUGGAAAAUUAUAGAGUUACCCCAUGGGGAAUUAGCAGCGCCCACGAAUGAUAUAAAUACUACUGUUGCUUUAGCUUUACUAACAUCAGCGGCAUAUUUUUAUGCGGGUCUUAGCAAAAAAGGAUUGAGUUAUUUCGAAAAAUAUAUUAAACCAACCCCAAUCCUUUUACCUAUUAACAUCCUAGAAGAUUUCACAAAACCAUUAUCACUUAGUUUUCGACUUUUCGGAAAUAUAUUGGCGGAUGAAUUAGUCGUUGUUGUUCUUGUUUCUUUAGUCCCCUUAGUAGUCCCUAUACCGGUCAUGUUUCUUGGAUUAUUUACAAGCGGUAUUCAAGCUCUUAUUUUUGCAACGUUAGCCGCAGCCUAUAUAGGUGAAUCCAUGGAAGGUCAUCAUUGAAUUAACUAGUUUUUGAAAUAGUCUUUCUUUUUUUAGCUUAGCCCAAUUCAUGCAUGAUUCCGGAUAAUCCUCUUAGUUGGAAAACUAAAUAGUUCGAAAGGCGUAUGAAUAUACAACCUAGAGUUGUAGGAGAGAGAAUAGACUAUAUUAUGGAAGAGGUAAAGUAUAUAUGCAUUCAGGGGGGCCAAGUCAGGUUAGAUCUAUAUCUUUAAUGCCUAUAAGACAGUCAUCUUUUGUGUGGCUUUCUAAAGAAUGAUUUUAGAAUCGGAUUCAAUAGAAAAUGAGAAAAUAGGCAAACAAAAUAGAAGAAACAAAUGUAUAUGGGAUUUUUUUUAUUCCUAAGUUAGAUUCAUUAUCUAAUCCGAUAUAUAGAAUUCCCUUCUAUAUGGAACUGGAUUCCAUAUCUAGUUCUAUGCAGCAUAUUGUUAUCAAUUGUAUAUCUUGAUUUGAUUCCUAUUGGAUUUGGAUUAGUUCGAUUUCAAUAGGGGUUCUUCCUGUAUUUCGUCUUUUAUUAUGUUAGAUGAAGGGGAAAAAAUGGGAACUCAAAGAUAUCGAAGAGUAAAAAAAAGGAUGGAAUAAAAGAGUGAUUGGUUGAAAAGAAAGAGAAAUAGAAUAAUGAGAAUCAUAUGGAUUUACACAAACCUCUAAUGAUUAGAAACUAAAAACGAGAUCUCGAAGUAAUUCGAACGAUUUCGAUUAUCAUUUAUUUGUACUUAUUAGUUACUUCUACCCGAUAGAGCUUAGAAGUUGGAAGUAAUAAUUUCUUGGUUGAUUGUAUCCUUAACCAUUUCUUUUUUUUUGACACGAGGAACUCAUCAUGAAUCCACUAAUUGCUGCUGCUUCCGUUAUUGCUGCUGGAUUGGCCGUAGGGCUUGCUUCUAUUGGGCCCGGAGUUGGUCAAGGUACUGCUGCAGGACAAGCUGUAGAAGGUAUUGCGAGACAGCCAGAAGCAGAAGGUAAAAUAAGAGGUACUUUAUUGCUUAGUCUAGCUUUUAUGGAAGCUUUAACAAUUUAUGGACUGGUUGUGGCACUAGCGCUUUUAUUUGCGAACCCUUUUGUUUAAUCCUAAAAAAGAAAAUGAGUCCUUUAGAUUAGAUACUUUUUUCUUUUUUUAGUACAUUGGCAUUUGCUUAUGUAAUUCUAAGUAUAUCAAUACUUUACUUUACUCCUAUUUAUUAUAUUAUUUCUUUUUUAUAUUAUUCCGGAAAUUUUGUAUUUAUCGGGACAGACAAUACCCUAGGAACCCCAAGAAGGGCUGAUUUGAGCAUGAUCAAUUUAGAGGAUAUGCUCGCCCUCUUCCUUCCCGUCCUUAGUUUAGGACAGUGGAAAGUAUUUUUCCUUUUAUUUUAGGAAUUUUGGGAACAUUUCAACAAAGGAGAUCUUUCACAGGUCAAACGAGACCUAAGACUUAAUCUAAAAGAAAUUAUUAGAUUGAAUCUAUUUGCAUUAAAAAAACCGAUCAAAAAAGGACGAGCGAAGUAAGUAAUCGAAAAACUUUCUUCUUUGUUCGUCCUAUCUAUAAGAGGAGAGCAUAUGAAAAAUGUAACCCAUUCUUUUGUUUUUUUAGCUCACUGGCCAUUCGCUGGGAGUUUCGGGCUUAAUACCGAUAUUUUAGCAACAAAUCUAAUAAAUCUAACUGUAGUGGUUGGUGUAUUGAUUUUUUUUGGAAAGGGAGUGUGUGCGAGUUGUCUAUUUCAAGAAUAGAUUGGAUCUAUCCGGCUGCACUUUAGAAUAUUUUUAGUAUUUUUUUUGAUAAAUAAGAAAAGGUGCACGAUCUCGACGAAUUACUUCUGAAUAACUUCAGAAAUCAUAUGGAAGAACCAUAGCAUUUCGCGAUUCAUUGGUAAAUUUACUUUGAUUCUCUAUAGACCAAUAAUGUGAGACCAUUAACACGGUUAAAGCUAAACUGCUUGAAGUCCGGGCAAAAAGGGGUACUCUUUCUACAACUACAUUAGUAUUAGUCUCGAAAUGCUUUAAACGGGAAAUAGCUAGUGUAGAAUUUAUCUGAUAUAGAACACUCAUAUCGAUAAAAUAGUUUGAACUAUUUACUAGAAGGGCACGCAGCCCUUUUUCCAAUGCCAAAUCGACGACCUAUGUAUAAAAAAAAGAGAAAUUUUUUGGAUUUGAAGAAAAAAUAAAAGGAAUUCUAUCAAUUUUUAUUUUCCAUUUAUUUAGUUAGUUUUUCUUAAUGAAAUUGAAAUUAUUAACUAACAGAGCAAACACAAAUAAAGAAACAACUUUGCUGACCAUGAUAGAUUUUUAUCUAGUUGGAAGAGUCCUCUUAAUAUUCAUCUAGUCUUAUAUAAGUUUGGGUAUAUAGAAAUACAAACAGAAAAGAGAGGAUAGAGGAUAGGCUCAUUACAUAAAAAAAAGAUAUGGAAAUAGCCAUAAUACAUAACAAAAAAGAAAAAAAGGAGCGGGAGAGCCAAAUGAAUCGAAAGAUUCAUGUUUGGUUCGGGAAGAGAUCAUAAAAAUUGUAAACUUAAUAGCAAGAUAAUCUACUUUCAUUAAAAGAUUUAUUAGAUAAUCGAAAACAGAGGAUUUUAAGUACUAUUCGAAAUUCGGAAGAAUUGCGUAAAGGGACCCUUGAACAACUCGAAAAAGCUCGUAUUCGAUUACAGAAAGUCGAACUGGAAGCAGAUGAGUAUCGAAUGAAUGGAUACUCUGAAAUAGAACGAGAAAAAGAAAAUUUGAUUAAUGCUACUUCUAUUAGUUUGGAACAAUUAGAAAAGUCUAAAAACGAAACCCUUUAUUUUGAAAAACAAAGGGCGAUGAAUCAGGUCCGACAACGGGUUUUCCAACAAGCUGUACAAGGAGCUCUAGGAACUCUGAAUAGUUGUUUGAAUACCGAGUUACAUUUCCGUACGAUUCGUGCUAAUAUUGGCAUUCUCGGGGCCAUAGAAUGGAAGAGAUAAUUCAAUUUAUUAGGUUUUGAACUUCUACUUUUGUUUAGAAUUUAGGCAUUAUUUUUCCCUUGCUUCCAAAAAAAAAAAAA